AUGGCCUCUGUGGAUCUGAAAUUUGGAAUGAUCUUCCUAUCCCAGGUAGUUGUUGGAAUCUUGGGAAACUUUUCACUAUUAUAUCAUUACAUGUCCCUUUACUUUAGGGGAUGUGGACAAAGAUCCACUGAUUUGAUUCUCAGGCACCUGACUGUAGCCAACUCCUUGGUCAUUCUCUCCAGAGGAAUUCCAGAAACCAUGGCAGCUUUAGGGUUGAGACAUUUUGCCAUUUAUUUUGGAUGUAAUGUUCUUUUAUAUGUACACAGAGUGGCCAGGGGGGUUUCCAUUGGUGCCACAUGUCUGUUGAGUGUUUUUCAAAUGAUCACCAUCAAUCCUAAUAACUCCAGUAGGUGGGUAGAGCUUAAAGCAAAAGCCCCCAAGUAUGUUGGCCCCACUAGUAUCCUGUGCUGGGCCCUGCAAUUGCUGGUAAAUAUCAUUUUUCCUAUUUAUAAAGCUGUCAAUUUGGGAAACAAAAAUAUCACAAACAACAGAAAUUUUGGAUAUUGUCAUGCUCCAUUUUAUGAUGAAGUAGUGACUCCAAUGUAUGCAGCACUGACAUCUUUGCAUGAUGUUCUGUGUUUGUCACUCAUGACUUGGGCCAGCAGCUCCAUGGUUUUUAUCCUGCAUAGACACAGGCAGCAGGUCCAGCGCAUUCAUAGAAAAAAUCAUUUCCACAGAUCCUCUCCUGAGACCAGAGCCACCCAAAGCAUCCUUGCAUUGGUGAGCACCUUUGUAACAUUUUAUGCCCUUUCCUUCAGCAUCUAUGUUUACUUAGCUGUCUUCAAUAAAUCCAACUGGUGGCUGAUGAACAUUGCCGUAGUAAUCACUGCAUGUUUUCCAACUAUUAGCCCUUUUGUUCUCAUGCGCCAUGAACUCACUAUAUCCAGUUUCUACUGUAUCUGCUGUCAAAAAGCUACACAAUUCUCUUAUCUCAUCAGAACAAUGUGA